CGCGUGAGUGAAGUGGUCGCGAGACAUGGCAUCCUCGAGUAGAUAUAGUUCGUACAACUGUUUAACUAGUUGGGACAGUUACGAUAGGAUCCCUAGAGUUCGCGUAGAGUACUACGUCAAUGAGAAUACGUUCAAGGAACGGCUGCAGUUGUACUUUAUCAAAAAUCAAAGAUCUAGUUUAAGAAUACGAAUUGCAAAUUUAGUUUUUAAGCUAGUCACAUGUGCCCUCUACAUAAUUCGUGUGAUGACGGAUUCCGAUCCAAUAUCCGCAUCCUGCUACGGUUGUACACCGGGGAACAAGACGGAGUACAAGAUCUCAGCAAACCUGACCGAGGAGAAGUUUCAAGAAAAUCCCAUCAUCAAUUGGGAUGCGAUUCUGUGGGUGAACCGCCCCCUGGAGCUGUGGAUCGUUCAGGUCAUAUUAGCGAUGAUAAGCCUGACGGAAGCCCUUCUUCUCGCUUACCUCGGCUAUAAGGGUAACAUAUGGCAACAGUUACUGUCAUUUCAUUUCAUCUUAGAACUUGUAAAUACGAUACCAUUUACAUUAACGGUUUUUUAUCCUCCAAUGAGAAAUCUUUUCAUACCCGUAUUUUUAAAUUGCUGGCUGGCAAAACAUUCGCUGGAAAAUAUGUUC